AUGAAGUUACUCUUCUUUUUAUAUCAAUUUUUCAUCAUAGUUGAUGGGUUUACAAUUAAAUAUGAUACAGUAUGUGGCGGAACAUUUAUUGCUAAUGAUGGUAUAAUCGAAUCGCCAUUCUAUCCAAAACCUUACAAACAAGAUAAAAUAUGCGAGUAUCUAAUCGAGCAACCAGUUGGCAAAGCUAUUCGAUUAUCAUUUUUGGAUAUAGAUAUGGAUCCUACGUAUCCAUUAUGUUAUUAUGAUUCGUUAGAGAUCAGAGACGGGGACAAUGCGAACUCAGCUAUAAUUCGCAUUGCUUGUGUGGAAAUAUUCAAAAACUACCAAAAAUUCCCUACAUAUCAACACAUAAUAUAUGUGAUUUGUAAAUGGAUUAUAUCUGUAAAUGAAUCUAGUCAAAUUCGAUUAAAUUGGUUAUCAUUUUCCUUGGAUAACCAUCUCACUUGUAAUAAUGACUAUGUUGAAGUCUAUGAUAAUAGUAUUCAAGGAAACGCAUCACAAAUUGCCAAAUAUUGUGGAUCUAAACUUCCACCUGCAUUGACUUCAUUAGGUAAUCGUCUGACAAUAGUAUAUAAAACUGAUCAUUUAGGAGCACUGGAUGGGUUUAUGUUAAAUUAUACAUCUUUUAAUAGAGCACAAGCAUGUGGUGGAAACUUCUUCACCCCAGAAGGUUUUAUUAUGUCACCAAAUUUCCCAUAUCACUAUCCCAAACUAUUGAAUUGUGUAUGGACCAUAAAUGUACCAGUUUCAAAUCAGAUUGAGUUGAACAUAAGUCAAUUUUCUCUCGAAGAAAGUUUUGAUUGCGAACUUGAUUUUGUUGAAAUUCGAAAUGGUGGAUAUCUCACUUCACCUUUACUUGGAAAGUAUUGUGGAUCUAAAAUUAUUCCUAUUAUAACUUCAGCCGGAUAUUCACUUAUUAUAAGAUUUGUAUCUGACGGGUCUGUUGGACUUCAAGGUUUCUUUAUGCAAUGGAAUUCAAUUACUAGAGGUUGUGGCGGAACAUUGCAUUCGGGUAAAGGAUAUAUUGUGUCUCCUAACUAUCCACUGCCUUUACCAGAGACAUUAGAAUGUUUUUACAAGAUAUCUGUGGUGCAAGGCAGUCAAAUCAAGAUUACUAUAUUGGAUAUACAGUUAGUAACAGACAAUGUUCCUGGAUUAAUGUGUAAAGAUGAUUUUCUUGAAUUUUAUAACGGCGGAAAUUCUGCUAGUAAGUUAUUAGGAACCUUUUGUAAUGAGACUGGUGUAUCUCAGUUUGUACAUUCGACAUCAAAUCAAAUGUAUAUUAAAUUUAGAAGUAGCGGUUUUUCCAAAGGAAGAGGUUUUUCAUUACAAUAUGAUACUGACUGCCGUGUGAAUUUGAAAGGAUAUCAAGGUGUGAUUGAAAUAGUUCAAGAAGAAUAUACAAAUGGAGAUACAUGUUUAUGGACAAUUGUGGCUCCUAAAGGAAAUAAAAUUAACAUAACUUUUACCGAAUUUAAAUUAGAGAAAAGCAUUAUCAAGACACCACUCCAUCCAGGCUUCAGCGACGAUGGUAUUCCUUCAACAAUAUUUUUUCCAGACGAAAAUCCUUCUUUUUUGUCAAGCCCAUUCAGAUAUCCUUUUCCACAUAGAGGUCCAUUUUCAGAUUAUUUUCAUACUCAUCGUUAUAAGUAUAGUAUUCAAUGUACAGAUAACAAAUUAAUUAUAACUGAAGGAGCAAACAGGAACGAAAUUAAUACUGUUUUGUGGAAAAAUAAUUGUUCCAUAGAACCACAUUCGGUGAUAUCGUCAACUAAGAAUAUUGUUAGAAUCACGUAUGAUUCUUUCAAAGAUCAUAUGCUUAAGAGCAAAUUUCGUAUCGAAUGGAUUGUAGAUGGUUGUGGUGGAGUGUUAAAUAAAUUUCAAGGAGAAUUUACAUCACCAGAAUAUCCUAGAUUUUAUAGUUUGAGUACAACUUGUGAAUGGAAUAUUAUCAUCGAUAAUGGACAUAUUGUAGAAAUAACUAUAGAAGAUUUGUGGUUUGAAACUUCAGGAUCUUGUUUAACUGAUUACUUAGCUAUUUACAAUGGAUAUGAUGAUUCAGCCCCGGAAUUGUUAAGAAUAUGUCAUAAACAAACAAGUCCAAUUACUUUGACGUCUAGUGGAAAUGAAGCUUUUGUAAGAUUUGAAUCAUUCGACGAAUCUCAGAGAAAACGUUUCAAAGCUACAUACAGGACGAUUGAAUCGAGAUGUGGUGGGAUGUUUACGGCUCCUCGAGGAGUUAUCCAUACGAGCAAUUACCCGCAGAGCUACGAUUCUCACAGUUCUUGUACGUGGAAUAUUGAGAUAGCAGAAAAUCAUUUAAUUAAUCUUACAUUCGUCGACUUCAGUACUCAGAGUUCGCCUCAAGGGAAUAAUGAUAUCGUCCUUGUAUAUGAUGAUAAUAUGCAUGGGAAAUUACUCCUCAAUCACUCUGGAAAUAGUGUACCACCACCUGUUAUGUCUUUAUCAAAUAAGCUCCUUAUAUCCUUUGAAGUUGGUAAACAUGAAUUCCAAGCGAAAGGGUUUAAAGCAAUAUAUUCCACGGCAUGCGGAGCAAAAUUAAUAACAAAUGAUUCGGGAAUUAUAACUAACAAUCCAUAUUAUACAAAUGGUGAACUCCAGAACUGUACUUGGACUAUUAUAUCUGACAUCCCUCAAUCGAAAGUCACUUUAACGUUUACUCAUAUAGACAUAGCACAUUUCGCAGAAGAUAUUAAAACAGUAGAAAAGUCAAAUAUAACUGAACGUCCGUGUUCUAACCAUUUAUUUCACACAAUAUUUCGAAUUUUGGAUGGGCCAGAUUCAGAUGCACCUGAAAUAACUAAAUUUUGUAAGUCAAAUCCAAUACCACCGCCUAUUGUCAGUAAUGGACCUGCAAUGCGUAUAGAGUACACAGAUAACUCUGGUGCGUUGGAUUCAUUUACAGCUCUGUACUCUGUAAGAUCAGUAGCAUGUGGUGGAACUUAUGACUCCAUACUAGGAACAAUUUCUUCACCCAACUAUCCAAAUAAUUAUUUUAGAGAUUCAGAAUGUGUUUGGAUAUUAAAGUCCUCCUAUGGAAAUCUUGUGUCUUUGAAUUUCAUUGAUUUUGAAUUAGAAGAUGACGAGUUUUGCAAUGAAGAUUAUGUGGAAGUUAGAGAAGGGGAUUCUAUCGGUCCAGUUUUAGGUAUAUUUUGCGGACCAAAUUUGCCAUCCAAUAUGACUUCGGGUUCGACACUUUGGAUCAAAUUUCGUUCGAAUUCUGUUGGUUCAGCCAAAGGAUUUACUGCAGACUUUAAAUAUGUUUCUGAAAUCUACAAGUCACAGCGAUCAGGCAAAAUCUCUAGUCCAAUGUAUCCCAGACCAUAUAGAGAUAGUGAAGAUUAUUCGUGGACAAUAAUGGUAGAUCUAUAUGAAAAAGUUCAAAUUGUGAUAAACGAUUUUAUUUCCACAUCAGAAAUUCAUGAAUUAAAAAUAUACGACGGAAGUGAUGUCGAUACAUUAAUUUUAUUAGAACUAAGCACUACAAAUGCCAAUAUAGAAUUGAACAAAACUAUCAUAUCAAGCGAUAACAAGGUUUUCAUACGAUUGAAAGCAGGGCAGAAAAAAGUUGGAGGUAUUCGGUUUUUACUAUCGUGGACACAAGUAGAUGGGGUAUAUUCGAACAAUCUAUAUCCAAUGUUGGGAUAUAAUUUUAAUAAUACACUUUUUGACUACUAUUUAUCACCAAGCUCUAAUACAAGUGUGACUAUUACAAGUCCUGGUUAUCCUCAUGGUUAUGAACCGAAUCUCAAUGUUACUUGGAUAUUGCACACGGAAUCACAUUAUCAUAUUGUUAUUGAACUUAUUGACAUAGAUUUCUAUCCAAUUCGUUCAUCUUUAAAUAAGCAUCAUGGAGAUUACCUUAACAUAGAAACUGUUGAUCCUGACACGGCAAAUACAGUACUGUUGAAAACAGUGUAUGCAACUCCAAAACUAAUAAAUGAUAAAAGUAUAAUCGGAAAGAAUAAAGUAAUAUUAACGUUCAUUUCAAACAAGUCAUUAAAUGGUACAGGAUUUAAAGUUAAAGCAAAAUUAAAAUGUGGAGGUCAAUUGCGAGGACCAACAGGAGUCAUUAGUUUAUCUAAUGCAUCAAGUUUCUUUGACUCGUAUCAACUUCGAUGCACAUGGAAUAUCACCGUACGACCGGGGAGAACAAUUUUAGUGAAACUUAUAACCAUAAAAUUGUCUUCAUACAGUCUAUGUGUAGAUGGUUAUAUUUUGUUGAAAAGUGGAUUUUACGAGGAUUCAUCUUUUAUCGGCAAAGGAAAAUACUGCAAUGAAUCUAAUGAAUCAACAUUAUCUACUACCGAUAAUAAGUUACAAAUCAAUGCUGUACUAGUUGAUGGAGACAAUGUAAUCAAAAUAGCAUUUGAAGAAAUUUCAAUAAACUGUGGUGGACAAAUUUAUUUGAAUGAUGCAUACAGUACUACACAAAUCACAUCUCCUUCAUAUCCAAAUAUACCUCCAGCUCACAUAGAAUGCAUAUGGACGGUAGCUGCACCGUCAACCGAACGGAUAUCUAUAACCAUUGAAGACAUAGAUUUAUCUGAUAGCGAUAAAUGUGAAACAGAAUACUUGGAAUUCAGAGAUGGCGCAGCUCGAUUUUCACGAUUAUUAAGUCGUAUUUGUCACGAUACAUUCAUUCGGGAUACCGAAACUACAGACAGAUUUUUAUUCAUCAAGUAUUUCACGGAUUUAAACAUACCCAGCAAUGGUUUUAAAUUGAAUGUUACUAUAGCGAAAUGCGGUGGCACUCGACGGGCAACUCAGGGUUUAAUUUUGUCACCUAAUUAUCCCGGCUCAUAUGAGGCAAACAUGGAUUGUGAGUAUAAAAUUAUUGCUGGACCAGGUAUGCGAGUUAAGUUGAAAUUUGAGAUGGUGAGACUAAAACGCCGAUAUCCAGUCAUCGGAAUAGUCGAAAAUACUGUAAACAACGAAACUUAUGACGAUACUUUAACCAUAUUCGAUGUGGACCCACUCAACAAAACAAGGGUGAAGAUAUCAACAAUCGUUGGUUCAGAUCCACCAUUAUAUGACAUCAGAUCAUCUGGUAAAGAAUUAAUUAUUAAAUUCAAAUCACAUUUUAUAAACGGACCAUUUCGUAUGAACAACACACAAGCUAAAUUUUUAAUGUCAUAUACGACUGACUAUAUUGAUUGUAUGAAGAAUUACGAUGUUGAAAGUGGUGAAAUAAACAGUUCACCCCAUACCAGUUUCAAUAGCGAAAUAACGCAUUGCUCUUAUAAUAUUAAGGUACCCAUGGGACGUAGAAUUACUGUAGAAAUAAACGAAGGAAAAUCGAUCAUUCAACCUUGUGAAAAUAGUUAUCUAGCGGGGAAUAGGUUUAAAGAAAAACUCAAAGCUUAUCAAAAGAUAAAUAUUAUGAAUGAUCGGAUUUUUGUAUGCAUUGAGCCUGUUCUUAACCCUACAACAUUGAACUAUAUGUACGAAUCAAUUUCAAACGAGAUGAUGCUGGUUUAUGAAAAAGGUUACAAAAAAGACGGUCUAAAUGGUUUUCGAUUAAAAUUUUCAUCGAACAAACCUUCCGUUUGUGGAGGAAUAACAGAUGCCAGCAUUAAAGGCAAUAUAGAAUUUCCUAUUAUAAAUAUGACCAAGGGUUAUUGCCAAUGGGAUUUUACAAACACUAACGGAACGAUUGUAAUAUCUACAAAUUUCAACGUCAAUGAAAGCCAGAUAUCCUGCCGAGAUGAAAAUAAUCAUGUUUUAUUGGCCACUUAUGAAGAUGACACUGAAUUAUUAAAAAGGUAUUGUCCAAUGUCGAAUACGAACGACAAGUUUACAAUUCUAAGUCCAACGCCCAUGGUUAAGCUUUUGGUGCUGACAAACUCAAGGAAAAUUAACUUCACAGCAAUAAUUGAGUAUAACGUUAAUUCGUGUGGCGGAGUGAUGAAUGGUCAGAAAAUAACAAUAACUAGUACUAAUUAUCCUAAAAAUUAUGGGCAAAAUUUAAAAUGUGCCUGGUAUUUAAAACUUCCUGAAGGUAAUAACGUCGAU